AUCAUAUUUAUUUAUCGGCAUGUUUACCAUUAAUAACACCAAAAGAAACUAUAAGAAGUCUUACAGUUCUUGAUGAACCCAAUGAAAUAGAUUACCAAGAGUUUUUGUUGAUGUCUAGAAAUGUGAAAGAAAUGGUCAGAUUAGGAUCAGAAUCCUUUCCAGAUACUUUUCUUAAUCCAAAAAAGGCAGACACGAACCUUACAAAAGAAAUAUUAGCUUUGCUAACCGAAUAUUAUAGCAACGCUUAUGGUAAAGAUUUCGUAGUAUUGUCAAAUAUUCAUAUUGCUCCGUCUGGUUCUAUAUCAAUAAUGCUAAAAUAUCUUAUAGGACGAACUUUAUAG